AUGUUGGACGAGCUAGACAAUGUCUUCGACGACCAUCCGUCGCUGGAUGCGUCGCUCGAGGACUUUGAAAAUAACAGCAAUGCGCACCGCUCGCCGCUGUUUGGCUUGCCCUCACAGCAUUCAGGCUUCCGGUCUGAAGAAUCCGACGAUGAGAUCGAAGAACCCCGCGCAAACGAGCGCUGGUCGCCACCUGGCGUGCGCCGACAGGAGCUUGUCCGAGGAAGUGGCUGGUAUCGCCACCAGCCCUAUCAGCGCAAAGGCAAUCUAAAUGAGCGCUUGGAGCUGCGGCCAACCAUGGGCUUGAGCUUGUCGCCAUCGCUGUCGCGCGAACCGAGCCCGCAGUAUGAGGAUGCGCUCGAAGACCCAACUAAGGGCAAAUUGAAUGAUGACGAUUCAGCUGAUCUCACGGCCGCGGUCAAUGUGCCCCUCCCGGUGGAUGCAGGGACCCCACAAGCCGGACGAUCCCUCAGUCCCUGCCCGAAGAAAGCGGCGCACACCCAUGCUGAGGAGGAGGGGACGGGCUUUGGAGCGGAGAAUCUGAGUAAUUUGCGCGCUGAAGUCCAGCAUCGCGAACCCAUUGCUGCCCUGUGCGGCUAUAUGCGCAACAAGUUUGAUCGCAUCACCAGCACCAAGUCCAAUACCACGCUGUCGAUUGUUGUUUUCUUGAUCUCUGUCGCGUUUAUGCGCGCAUUGUUCCUGCCCGGCCUGCCACAAGCGAUCCCGGACUUAGUGAAACUUUCUGGGUUUGCGCGAUCUUUUGAACCACUAAUCUACUAUUCGGAAAAUGGAGUUCAGCAGAUUGGCACCCUGCAAGAGACAGGUGUGGCUGUCUGGGAUCUGAGUGAGUCGGUGCGCGGAACAAACAUGACCAGUGCGCCUAUCAUCGUAGGCCAGCUUGACGAGCUAUCCGACUCCCUGAAGUCACUUUCCCUAGAGUUGACACGGUUCUUCGCAAAUGUCGACUCGGACAUCGACUCCAUCCUGAUCGUAAUGGACUGGGCCAAACGAGAACUGGAAACACUUUCCGCUCAACCACCGAGUACUUUACCGACAAUCGUCUUCGAUAACUUACACAACAUGCUAUCUCGCCUGGGCGCCCUGGAACGCACUAGCGAGGUCUCAGACGGCAGUGUAUCCGCCACAACAACAACCACUGCUUUUGGUCACAUCGUGAUGGCCGUGUUAGGCCCAACAUCCGCCCAGCGUACCCGCGCUACCAUUACACGGACAUUUACCGAAUUCCUAUCCGUGUUAGAAGAAUCCAUCAACAGCGAACUUACCCACUCAACCGCCCUCUUCGCGCUCUUCGAGUCUAUCGACCGCCAAUUCCUCAAUCUGCAACGUACCGUCGUACGCGAAUCAGACGCCCAAGAGCGCGCCGAGGGCGAAAUGCUCAGCUCGCUAUGGACCCGCGUCCUUGGUCCCGAUGCAGUCGCAGUCCGCAAAUACGAGAAGAAUAAACGCCUCCUCGCGAACGUCCGCAGCCGUACAGUUGCCAACAAACACCUCCUUGUUGACCACCGCGGUCGUCUGCUGACAUUGAAGGUCAACUUGGAGACUUUGCGUCGGAAGCUGGUAAGCCCUCUUGUCCGCCGCAAUGACUCCGUCAGCUUCAUGGGCGUAGACGGCAGUUCUACUGGCGCGGCAAGUUCCGGCUCGGCAGGGCGCAUGCUUGGACCCGUUGAGUCUGUAAUCGACGGCCAGAUCCGGGGCCUGGAGGGUACAUAUGAUUACCUCCGAUCGGUCCGUGAACGACAGAAAGCAAAGCUUAUGGAGAUGGUAUAUGGAUCCGGCCGGAAGCCAUCCCGGUCCAUGUUUGGCGAGCUUGAUGGGCAAGAUGACAUUGGCAUCGAGGGAGCAUAG